AUGAAGUCAAAGCUGAUUCCUGGAGGAGGUGAAAGACAAUUCAAGACUGGCAGCUCAGACCAUGGAGCCAAGGCCAGCCGCCACUCACAGCAGGAGCAGCAGCGCCACCUGCAGGCCUACCUGAGCCUGCGUCGCCUCAGAGCGGCUGUGUGUCGCCGCUACGCUGCUCUGCUGGAGGGAAAAGUCUUUUCUCAGAGGCUCCAGCAGAGAAACGAGUCCGCCAGGGCAAAGUCAGGAAGUCAGCCCGAGCAGAAACAAAAGAAGCUGGUCUUCUCUAAGCUGCAGCACAGUGACUCACACAUGAAGUCCCUCCCUAAAACAAGCCAUUACCUGAUUUUCGCCCUGCAGAAGCAGUUAGCUAAGUCUGGACAUCUGAAAUGCCACCGAGACUUGGAAGACUUUUACGGACGCAUCAAGUAUAACAGUCACCCGUCCCAGCUGCAGAAGAGUCUGCAGGACGUCAGGAGAAAGAAGGGCGCAAGGACCACAGCUCCCGCUCCAGGUUAUUUAAGCAGGGGUCUGGUUCAGGGCAGGGAGCGGUGGAGCCGAUCGCCGACGGCAGCCAGAAGAAGGAUGAAACUGAGCAAAUGUUUCUCAAGAUGGAAAGUCUCACGUUUGCCACUCUGCAGCCAGAUUUCAUGAGAAACUUCCAGAGCGAGCUCCC